AUGACCAUCCCUGAAUGUCAGCCGGAACUUUCGAAGUCUCGCAAAUGGUGGUUUGGACAACACAUCUUCUAUUGCCGCGCACACGUUUUUGUCGAUGUGGUUCCCUGGAUUGAGGUGGGUCCUGACAAAGACUGUUACCUCUCGCAUCGCCGAGGUGGUGAUUUCCCUCAGUAUCUCCGGAAUGUUAUUGACCUCAUCGCGAGCAAAAUCGUAGACUUCGAAGGCGAGUUCCUCGAGAUGGUUACAAUGCGAAUAGUCGAACCAUAUCAGAUGGGCUAUAAUUCAGCUCUAUUUCGUGCUUUAUUGUCGGAGCAAUUGGAAAGCUCCGUUAUGCGCGGCAUUCCAGUCAACGUCGAGUGCCUUAAUGUGUUCGCAAGUAGAUGUCGCAACGACGAGGUCGACAAUACAUUCGGCGCAACGUUUCAGUUUAACGCUGGUAAGCCGCAGGCGAGUCAUUUGCGGAGGGAGGCCGCGGUCAUCAAACCCAUCCUUCUUGACCCUGACAUACCUGCAAUCAAGAAUGCGGAGAGCGGGGAUAGCAAGGAGGAGCCGUCCAAGGUGAUAUACAGAGGGAAGGGUUACAUUGUAAAUCGAGAGACUGGUUAG